UCCGACUCUCGGCACCUGGCCUCCAGCUUUCGGUUAUUUUUUUUUUUCUCUCCGUAGCUUGAAUUCCUUCCCUCCCAUCCUCCCACCUAAAACUAUCGGCUCUUCCCGCCUUCCUUCAAACUAGCAAUUUUCGGUUCUUCCCUCUUGCUCUCGGGCGGAUUCCUGAAAGUCGUUUAUUCUCUUAAUUAAUCGCCGCUCCAGCCCCGCCCGUUCAGCUCAUUCUCUUAAUCGCAUUACCCUGGCUGCUUUUCUUUCGGCUGUUUCCACCUCCUGCCACCCACCCAGACACCGCCUUCGGCUCUUUCCGGACCAUCUCAGUUUCUCCUCCUUCCCCGGUCCCAAUCGGCUUAGGCUAUUUCUGGCUCCCGUAGGUUUCUCAUGCUCUCGUUAGCCCCACCCCAUCACCACCUUCGGCUCUUUUCGGCUCUCUCCCGUCGCCUCCUGUCUCCUGCUCAGCUCUUUUCGGCUAUUUCCGCCUCCCCUCGGACUCACCCUUUGCCUUCGGUUCUUUCCGCCGGCCUUCAGGCAAGCGGUCUCUACCCCUCUCCCGCACGUGACGCGGCCUCCGCCUCCGCCUCUCAGUUCCCCCUCCCACCUCACCCUUCCUCCCGCCUCAGCCUCUAGGCUGGUCCGGGCCGAGCCGCCAUUUUGUGUCAAUUCCUGAUUGCGGCGGGGGCCGGGCAGCCGGGAGACCAGUGGCGGGCAGACAAGGGAGACAGUCGGCCCGUCUCCGCGGCCCGUUCCCUCUCUCCCUUCAAUCCUUUUUUUCUUUUUAACCCUUCCACCCCCCUCGCUGGCUCUCCUCUUCUCCCUUUACCCUUCGCUUGCUCCAUCGCGCGCGGCCCGCGCUAAUUACACCCAACCACCCACCAGUGUCCGAGUCUCCCGGGUCUCCCGCCCCCGGGCCCGCGGGGGUGCGUGGGGGGGCCUCUCGCCCCUAUGAGGGCCCCGCGCCAGUAAGCGAGUGACCGCAGGGUUGGGCUGCGGAGAAAGCAGGCGGCGAGCGGCCCUCCGAGGCCUAGGCCGCGCGGCCUACGCGGAGGUCAGCGCAGAGGAACUAUGGAGGCCGCGCCCGGGACCCCCCCGCCGCCGCCAUCAGAGUCGCCGCCGCCGCCAUCGCCGCCGCCGCCAUCAACGCCUUCGCCUCCUCCGUGUUCCCCCGACGCCCGCCCGGCCACCCCGCACCUCCUCCACCACCGCCUCCCGCUCCCUGACGACAGGGAAGAUGGAGAGUUGGAAGAAGGCGAAUUGGAAGAUGAUGGGGCAGAGGAGACCCAGGAUACCUCCGGAGGGCCUGAGAGAAGCCGGAAAGAAAAGGGGGAGAAGCAUCACGGUGAUUCGGAUGAGGAGAAGUCCCACAGGAGACUGAAGCGGAAACGGAAGAAAGAGCGGGAGAAAGAGAAAAGGAGGUCGAAGAAGAGGAGGAAAUCCAAGCACAAACGCCACGCUUCUUCUAGCGAUGACUUCUCUGACUUCUCAGAUGACUCGGAUUUCAGCCCCAGUGAGAAAGGGCACCGCAAGUACAGAGAGUACAGCCCCCCAUAUGCGCCGUCCCACCAGCAGUACCCCCCAUCGCAUGCCACGCCCCUGCCCAAGAAGGCUUACUCCAAGAUGGACAGCAAGAGCUAUGGCAUGUACGAGGACUACGAGAACGAGCAGUAUGGGGAAUAUGAGGGCGACGAGGAGGAGGACAUGGGCAAGGAGGACUACGAUGACUUCACCAAAGAGCUGAACCAGUACCGGCGUGCCAAGGAGGGCAGCAGCCGUGGCCGAGGCAGCCGAGGCCGGGGCCGGGGCUACAGGGGCCGAGGAAGCCGUGGAGGAUCGCGAGGCCGUGGCAUGGGCAGGGGCAGCCGAGGCAGGGGCAGAGGCUCUAUGGGAGGAGACCACCCGGAGGAUGAAGAGGAUUUCUACGAGGAAGAGAUGGACUAUGGAGAGAGUGAGGAGCCAAUGGGAGACGACGACUAUGAUGAGUACUCCAAGGAGCUGAACCAGUACCGCCGGUCCAAGGACGGCCGAGGCCGAGGGCUAAGUCGAGGCCGUGGCAGGGGCUCCCGAGGCCGAGGGAAAGGGAUGGGCCGGGGCCGAGGCCGAGGUGGCAGCCGAGGAGGGAUGAACAAGGGCGGGAUGAACGAUGACGAAGACUUCUAUGAUGAGGACAUGGGCGACGGUGGUGGUGGAAGCUACCGGAGUCGUGACCAUGACAAGCCCCACCAGCAGUCGGACAAGAAAGGCAAAGUCAUCUGCAAGUACUUCGUGGAAGGGCGUUGCACCUGGGGAGACCACUGUAAUUUUAGCCAUGACAUCGAACUCCCAAAGAAGCGAGAAUUGUGCAAGUUUUACAUCACUGGAUUUUGCGCCAGAGCCGAGAACUGCCCCUAUAUGCAUGGUGAUUUCCCGUGUAAGCUGUACCACACCACUGGGAACUGCAUCAAUGGUGACGACUGCAUGUUUUCCCACGACCCUCUGACGGAAGAGACGAGGGAGCUCUUGGAUAAGAUGUUGGCUGAUGAUGCAGAAGCAGGUGCCGAGGACGAGAAGGAGGUGGAGGAACUGAAGAAGCAGGGCAUCAACCCCCUGCCUAAACCGCCCCCUGGUGUGGGCCUCCUCCCCACCCCUCCUCGGCCCCCUGGCCCGCAAGCUCCAACCUCUCCCAAUGGCAGGCCCAUGCAGGGUGGCCCCCCACCCCCACCCCCGCCCCCUCCCCCGCCGCCCGGGCCCCCUCAGAUGCCCAUGCCAGUGCAUGAGCCGCUGUCCCCGCAGCAGCUGCAGCAGCAGGACAUGUACAACAAGAAGAUCCCCUCCUUGUUUGAGAUUGUGGUACGGCCCACGGGACAGCUGGCUGAGAAGCUGGGUGUGAGGUUCCCUGGACCCGGUGGACCCCCAGGGCCAAUGGGCCCUGGGCCCAACAUGGGACCCCCAGGGCCAAUGGGCGGUCCAAUGCAUCCUGACAUGCACCCUGACAUGCACCCAGACAUGCACCCCGACAUGCACCCGGACAUGCACCCCGACAUGCAGAUGGGCCCUGGCAUGAAUCCUGGCCCACCCAUGGGCCCUGGUGGCCCUCCAAUGAUGCCCUACGGCCCUGGAGACUCCCCACAUUCUGGAAUGAUGCCCCCUAUCCCGCCAGCCCAGAACUUCUAUGAAAACUUCUACCAGCAGCAGGAGGGCAUGGAGAUGGAGCCCGGACUCCUGGGGGAUGCAGGUGACACUGGAAACUGGUACUCAAGUGAUGAGGAUGAGGGUGGAAGCAGUGUAACCUCCAUCCUGAAGACCUUGAGGCAGCAGACGUCCAGCCGACCCCCGGCUUCAGUUGGAGAGCUGAGCAGCAGUGUGCUGGGAGACCCUCGCCUCCAGAAGGGACACCCCACAGGAAGCCGGCUGGCAGACCCUCGCCUCAGCCGGGACCCCAGACUCACCCGCCAUGCAGAGGCUUCUGGCGGGUCUGGCCCAGGGGAUUCCGGACCCUCCGAUCCUCGGCUGGCUCGCACCCUGCCCACCUCCAAGCCUGAAGGCAGCCUUCAUUCCAGCCCUGUGGGCCCCAGCAGUUCCAAGGGGUCUGGGCUGCCCCCUGCGGAGGAAGAGGAAGGGGAGCGGGCCCUGCGGGAGAAGGCCGUGAACAUUCCCCUGGACCCACUCCCCGGGCACCCCCUGCGGGACCCGCGGUCACAACUGCAGCAGUUCAGCCACAUCAAGAAGGACGUGACCCUGAGCAAGCCCAGCUUCGCCCGCACCGUGCUCUGGAAUCCCGAGGACCUGAUCCCCCUACCCGUCCCCAAGCAGGACGCAGUGCCCCCCGUGCCCGCUGCCCUGCAGUCCAUGCCCACCCUGGACCCCCGCCUGCACCGCGCCGCAACGGCAGGGCCCCCCAACGCCCGGCAGCGCCCAGGUGCCUCCACGGACUCCAGCACACAGGGCGCCAACCUCCCCGACUUUGAACUUCUCUCUCGCAUCCUCAAGACGGUCAAUGCCACCGGCUCCUCAGCUACUCCUGGUUCCACUGACAAACCCAGUGACCCCCGGGUGCGGAAGGCCCCCACCGACCCUCGGCUGCAGAAACCCACAGACUCUACGGCCUCCUCCCGGGCUACCAAGCCCAGCCCCGCUGAGGCGCCUUCUCCCACUGCCAGCCCGAGUGGGGAUGCCUCCCCACCAGCCACCGCUCCCUAUGACCCUCGCGUGCUGGCAGCCGGUGGGCUGGGCCAGGGUGGAGGGAGCGGGCAGAGCAGCGUGCUGAGCGGCAUCAGCCUCUACGACCCGAGGACUCCCAACGCGGGGGGCAAAGCCACAGAGCCGACUGCUGAUACAGGUGCCCAGCCCAAGGGCGCUGAGGGUAAUGGCAAGAGCUCGGCCUCCAAGGCGAAGGAGCCCCCGUUCGUCCGCAAGUCUGCCCUGGAACAGCCAGAGACAGGGAAGGCCGGUGCCGAUGGGGGCGCCCCCACGGACAGAUACAACAGCUACAACCGGCCCCGGCCCAAGGCCGCUACAGCCCCCACCGCCACCACCGCCACCCCACCCCCUGAGGGUGCCCCACCCCAGCCCGGGGUGCACAACCUGCCCGUUCCCACCCUCUUCGGGACGGUGAAGCAGGCACCCAAGACGGGCUCAGGAAGUCCAUUUGCUGGGAACAGUCCGGCCCGUGAGGGCGAGCAGGAUGCGGCGUCCCUAAAGGAUGUUUUUAAAGGCUUUGACCCCACGGCCUCCCCCUUUUGCCAGUAGUGUCCAGCCAGAGCUGCGGCUCCAGCUGCCCUUCCUGGGGUGGUAUUCAGGGCAGCACCCGGGGUGGGGAGCUUGUGGGGGAGGGGAGGCAGGCUGGGUGUUCCUUUUUUCUUUUCUCCUUUUUCUUUUCUUUUGCUUUUCUUCUUUUUUUUUUUUUUUUAAAGUAGUACUUUCUUUGAGAUUUAUAAAUUGUAUAUAACCAUCUUAAGUUCUAGUCAGUGUGGCGGGCUCAGGAGCUCCUGCUGAGCAAACUGACUCGUGCCCGCAAACCUGUGAACUGUCGCCAGUGUCCAGACUCAGACCCCAUGGACUCUGCCUGGCCGGGCCUCGCUGGAGGCCCAGUGGGUUUUUCGGGCAAAGCAUGGCCCCUUUUCCCCAGGACAAAGGGAACAGUUGGUGUCUUGGAAGGCACUGAACGCUCCUCACCCUGUGCCCAAAGAGACCCAGAACCAAGACCAUGGCAGGGCCUGUGUGGAAGCAGGUUCAGGUGUUUCUAGAAUCCUAGGGUGCACCAUCACUGUCUUUUCAGUGCAGGGCGUGACAACCCACUCAGGAGAUGGUGACAGUGAAAAGGUAUUAAGGAAAGAGCCCUCAGUGGCACUCGGGGCUCCCUGGCACGUGCCUGCUCCUGUCCCUGCAUUACUACGUGUGCCCUCCCCGCCACCCUCCGUCCAGAGCAAGCCAAUGCCCCCCAGCCUGCAGCAGAAGCCUGCAGUGUGAGAACAGGACCCAAAGGCAGUGGGGGCUGGUGUGGGGCGGAGUCCCGAAGAGCCACCUCCAGGAGGCAGCCCCUUGGAGCACGCACCAGUUUUCUGUCAGUAUUAACCCUACCUGUCCCAUCAGGGCCACACCCUCCUUGCCCACACCAGGGUCCUCAAGCCACGCACCUGCUAUGACCGCACUGCAGCUCGGCCCCGGACAGCUCCAGGAUCCGUGAAGUGGCUGCGCCGCCAGGCCCCAACAGCAGGGGCCCUAGGGUGGCUCCUGGCCAAGUGUUUCGUCUGUUUUCCUCGCACCUCCUCACACUGUGACCUGCAGGGCGUCAGGUAUUGAUGUGUUCAGGUUUCCUCUCCCAACCCAGCAGAUGCAGGGGUUCCAAGGUGUGUUGCUCUGUGAGAUUUGUGUACACUUCAGAAAGGGGCUAAGGAGAGUGGGAAGCCUGCAGCCAGGGCAGGGGAGGGGAAGCCUCUGCUGCCCCCACACUCCCACCCUGGCUGAGGGCCAGCCUCCUCUGCAGAGCCCUGGAGGAGGCCCACCUAUGGACACAGCCUGGGAGAUGGGCACAAGGGGUGCUGGGGGAGGCCUGCUAUCCUGCCUCUGGGCCACUUGAGGGGCCUCAGGAAGUGUGUGCUUGUGGCUCCAUCUGCCUGUCUCCCUGGCCCGCUGUGUGGCUGCAGGCCAAUCUCUUCAUUGCUGACCAUGAGGAGACCUGGGUACCUGCCAAGGGAUUCCCCUUCCCUCCUCCUCAGGGUGGGGUGAACAAGGCUGCUAUCCCACCCCACCCCAAAAAGAACUCAUAGUUUGGGGCCAGGAGGCAGUGUGUCCUACAGGGCUGCACAGCCCUGAGGGGUCAGUGCUGGGAUCAGGUUGGUUGGUCUUUUUGUCUUUUUUUUUUUUUUUUUUUUUUUUUUAAACAAUCAUUAAUGAGAUUUGUCUUCAGCCACCAGUGUUGGCCUUGAAGCAGAGGGCGCAGCCCUUGGUGUUUGUAAAAUAAGUAUGAAUACACAGUAUGGCAGUGUUUUGUUUUUUUUGUUGUUGUUUUUCCUCUCCUUUUGAGGAUUUUCUUUUGUAAAAGAAAAUUAAAUAUUUUUUAAACUGAAAUCUGUGGAUGAAAUAGAAGCUGGAGCCCUCCUCUUGGAAUAUUCAGCCUAAGAACCUCAUGGGACUAUGAAUUCACCUGAAAUUCUCAUUUGCCAUCAGGCCGAGCUUUUAAAGAAAAAUUGUUCUCUAACCAGGAUUGUAACAAAAGUGUAAAUACUGUUUCAGAGUUGAGAGUUGGUGGUGCAAAUAUGUAUAUAAUGAACUGUAUUUUUACAAUGAUUGCCGCAUGACUAUUUCACACCCUUUUUAUACUCCAUACCUGUCUUCCAGAAACGUCACCUGCCUUUCUCCUGUGGUCUCUUAAUCCAAUAAUUGUAUUACUGCCAUUAAAGGAUGCAGUUAUUUUAAAAA